AUGCCGGCAAUGGAGAAGCGAGGACCAGGUAGGGCUGAAUUGUAUAAUAUCACAUCUGCUCGCGCCCUAAUCAACGUUAUUAUUCCGAAUUUUUUCAGCUGCCUGCCUGGAGUGCAUAAAAGUCGGGGAGCCGUUCGUUUACCGGCAGUCCGAGAAUGCGACCCCCAUCCGCAAAUUGCGGAACCCCGACUAUCGCCGGCAGGAGUCGGAGGAGUUCAGCGAGGACAGCAAGGUGAGUUCUCCGGCAACAGACAAUGUUUGUAUUAAUAUGUUAUAAAACUUGGAGCUAGAAGUAGGCUCAAACGUGAACAGCCACGUAUUUAUCUUGUUUUUUACCUCUUGCUUUUCAACGGCGAUCAAGAAAUGCCGCAUCCCGACUUUUCGGCUCAAAGACAGUUCAGGCUGUUGGAAUCUUUAUGCACUCUCGGCGAUGGCUUACUUAGGCUGGUCCAGCCGAAGCUUCCACUUUUAUUUCAAGUAUUAGGUUGGAGCGAAAGUUUUCCCCUUUUUUUGCUUCUUUUUUAAACAAAUUUAUUUUGACAGUUGUAACGUUAAACCGAACAUAGUAUCCACCGUCGGUAUCCACUACGUAUUGCCAACGUUCCGACAAAGAUUCAAUUGGCGAGCUUAAAAACUGGGCUAUUUAUAAUCAAAAAUGUCAGAAAGACCUGUUUUGAGGUCCCCACAAACAAUCGAACCGCGCAUCUCCCAAACGGUAGCUUAGUGAUCUGAGCAAAUGUUAAUCAUAAGGUGCCAAGACUGGGGUGUAGUGUGGGUGGGGCAGCAAAGUCCAUACAUUCUCCCUGAAUUUUUUGCGCGCGAUUUUCACAAGUUCCACAACUUCCAUAACUUUUCCCGAAAAUUAUGGGGAAUACUUUCGUUCCAACCUAAUAUUUCUCCGCCAAUAAUGCACCAAUUCCUCUAAAAUUUAUAUCAAAUUGAAGCUGAGGUGACCUAUUUUCGGUCCACCAAAUAUUACGUGCCCAAGUUCACGGUGGCCUCCGUACUGACCUUUGACAUUUUCAUUCCAAAUUUUGGAGCCCGAAAUCGGUGAUUUUUUUCGAUAUUACGUACUAGUCCGUUUGCAAAAUCGUCGCAAAAAAUGUCAGAGCCGAUGCAAAAGUAAAACUAUCGAAUGCUUAAUGCCCGCUUUUCAGAGCUCAAAGUCCACCUCAACUCUGCCAGCGCGAAGCAAAAGCCAUCGAUGUCUGGGCACAGUGGAAAAGCGGAAUGCUCGAGAACGGACUAGAGUCUACGUUGUGAACCAGGCUUUCUCCACGCUACGCAGUCGAAUUCCCUCGCUGAAAGGGAGUACGAAACGCGUCUCGAAGCUUCGAAUCCUCAAAUCAGCGAUAAACUACAUCUACAACUUGAAAGAUCAGCUGGCCGAGGAGGACAGCGACGUCUCCAGCAGUCUAUGCAAUUCCGAACCCGAAUUCAAGACCGCUGACGAUCAACCGGCUUAUUCGAUGGUUGCGAAACCCGCUGAAACCGACGCUGCAGCGGCUCCGAAGAGGUUUCCGAACGCCGCCCCGAACGAAGCCGUUCCGCUGAUCAUCACGUCGAAUAGCACAGCGUUAAUUUCGCUGCAAUGCUAUCCGAUUGCAUCGUACGUUGUGCCGAAUAUCAUUCAAAACGAGCUCUUCAACCAGCUAUAA